UGACUGCCCUGGCCCGCAGGGAAGCUGCUCUGGUGCGUGUGUGUGUGUGUGUGCCGAGCUCCUCUCUCCCAUCUCCGGAGGAUGCGCUGAAGGAUCACCCUGCCUGCUUCGGGAAAAACCCCUGCGAGGUGAGAGUCUCCUGCCAGAAGAGCACCCCUCCUUCCUCCUUUUUCCUUGCUGGAUUUCAAAGUGCCUCGGGAAGGGGAUGGCAGCUCCGGAGCAGCUCAGCCCGCUUGGGGCUGCUCUGCUGGGCACAACCCAGCUCCUGUGAGCCCCCAGCUCCUCCAGCUUUGUCAGGCGGCAAAUCCCAGGAGGAAAAGUCACUCCAGUGCGUUUCACCGCGAGCAAGCGAGCAUGAGGAGCCGGGUUUGGCCCGGGGAAAAAUCCAGCUGCAACCUGCGCUGUGAUUUCCAGCGGAGUGAAGAAAGUGGCUGAGCAGAGAGGGAGGAAGCAUCCAGGAAGGACAAAUCCGCUCUCCCCCCUGUGCUGCCAUAGCUUUGUGCUCUGCAAGGACAGACGGACACGGGAGCAGGAGACUCCCAGGAUUCCCGGGAUAACCGCUGGAAACACCUGGAGGGAGGGAGAGGAGCUGUGAUGGAGUUUCCUGCCGUGGCACUGUCGCUUAUCGUGGCGCUGCGAAUGUCCCCGCUGGCUGCUGGCACCAAACUGCAGCCCCACAUGCCGAACGUGUGCGCGGAGCAGCAGCUGGCAGUGGUGGGGCUGCGGCAGCCGUGCGUGCAGGCGGCCCGGCUGUGGCAGCAGGACUGCGGGGGCCGCCGCUGGUGCGCGGGCCACGAGCGCAGGGUUGUGUAUUACACGGGCUACAGGCAGGUGUACCAGCUGAGGUCCCAGACCACCUACAGGUGCUGCCCAGGAUGGUCCCAGCUCGCAGGGGAUGCUGGCUGCCUGCACAAUGUUGACGAGUGCCAGGUGCACAACGGGGGCUGCCAGCAUCGCUGUGUGAACACCCUGGGCUCCUUCUACUGCGAGUGCCAGCCCGGCUUUCGCCUGCACACGGAUGGCAGGACCUGCCUGGCUCUGAACUCGUGUGCCCUGAACAACGGAGGCUGCGAGCACGACUGUGUGCAGGUGACCCUGGCCCAGCACCGCUGCCAGUGCAGGCACAACCACCAGCUGCACCAGGAUGGCAAACGCUGCAUCCUGAGGAACCCGUGCUCUGACAGGAAUGGAGGCUGCAUGCAGCGCUGCCUCAACCACCGCGGCCGUGCCCGCUGCGAGUGCCACCCUGGCUACCUGCUGGCUCCUGAUGGCAAGAACUGUGAAGAUGUGAACGAGUGCCUGACAGGGCUGGCCAUGUGUGCACACCAGUGCCUCAACACCCGGGGCUCCUUCAAGUGCACCUGUAACCCGGGCUACGAGCUGGGCGCGGACGGCAAGCGCUGCUACCGGAUAGAGAUGGAGAUUGUGAACAGCUGUGAGACCAACAACGGGGGCUGUUCCCACGUGUGCCACCACACCAGCUCUGGCCCAGUCUGCACCUGUAACUUUGGCUUUAGGCUGGAAGAGGACCAGAAGUCGUGCACUGAUAUCAAUGAGUGUGACACGGGCUCUCACUGCUGUCAGCAGGACUGCUACAAUUACCCUGGGGGCUACGAGUGCUCCUGCCAUGCUGGGUACAGGCUCAGCACCGAUGGCUGUGGCUGUGAUGAUGUGGAUGAGUGCUCUGCCAACAACGGUGGGUGUGAACACACGUGCCAGAACCUGCCAGGCUCCUUCCAGUGUGGCUGUGACAUUGGGCACAAGCUGGAUGAAGACAGAAGGAGCUGCAUCUCCCUCGAGGACACGGUGGAGGCCCUGGAUGGCCGGCGCCCUGUCAUCCGCCCCAUCCCUCACGUGGCCAUCCUGCGGGACGAGCUCACCCAGCUCUUCAGCCACGACUACGAGGAAGAGGAGGAGGAGGAGCUGGAAGCGCGAGGGGAGCACACGCUGUCGGAGAAGUUCGUCUGCCUGGAGCACACCUUUGGCCCUGACUGCAGCCUGACCUGUGAUGACUGCCAGAACGGAGCCACCUGCAGCGCCGAGGGCAGCGGCUGCAUCUGCACGGCUGGCUGGACUGGUGUGCUCUGCAACCAGACUUGCCCAGCCGGCACCUUCGGCAUCAACUGCAGCCAGAGCUGCCGGUGCCAGAACGGUGGCACCUGUGACCCUGCCAGUGGCACCUGCCGCUGCCCGCCCGGCGUGGCCGGAGAGCUCUGCCAGGAUGGGUGUCCCAAGGGAUUUUACGGGAAGCACUGCAGGAAGAAGUGCAACUGUGCCAACCGCGGUCACUGCCAUCGCAUCUACGGCGCCUGCCUGUGCGAUCCCGGCUUGUACGGCCGCUUCUGCCACCUGGCGUGCCCCAAGUGGGUGUUUGGGGCUGGCUGCUCCGAGGAGUGCCAGUGCCUGCAGCACAACUCGUGGGACUGCGACGCCAGGGACGGCUCCUGCCGCUGCAAACCCGGCUACCGCGGCCAGCGCUGCCAGCACAGCUGUGACCCUGGCUAUUAUGGAGAUGGCUGCAAGAAGAAGUGCAGCUGCUCUCCAGGAGUGCCCUGUGACCCUGUCACUGGCGAGUGUCACAAGGAGUGUCCCCCAGGCUACCACGGCCAGCACUGCGACCAAGAGUGCCCUGAGGGGACAUUUGGGCCAGGCUGUCAGCAUUCCUGUGCCUGUGGAGAGGCAUCCUGUGACAGGAGCACGGGGCAGUGCCACUGCCCACCUGGCUGGACAGGACACGACUGUGCCCAAGCCUGCCCUGAGGGUCUCUGGGGGCCGGGCUGCCAGGAGAUCUGCCCUGACUGUGCCAACAAUGCCAGCUGUGACCGCGCCACCGGAGCCUGUGUGUGCCCGCCUGGGUACACUGGGCAGCGCUGCCAGGAUGUGUGUCCACCCGGCUGGUUCGGCCCUGCCUGCCAGCUGAGCUGCAGCUGUGCCAACGAGGGACAUUGCCAUCCUGUGACGGGGACUUGCAGCUGCCCACCCGGCUGGACAGGGCACCACUGCCAGCGAGCCUGUGACCUGGGGCGUUGGGGCCCUGACUGUGCCCACACCUGCAACUGCAGCAACGGCGACGGCAGCUGCAGUGCCGAGAGCGGGCAGUGCCUGUGCCUGGCCGGCUACACGGGCACCCACUGUGAGCAGAAGUGCCCAGAAGGGUGGUUUGGGCUGAGCUGUCGGCACCAGUGCCAGUGUGACAAUGGAGCCACCUGUGACCACGUCAGUGGGGCCUGCACCUGCAGCCCAGGCUGGCGAGGAACCUUCUGUGAGCACGCCUGCCCCGAUGGAUUUUAUGGACUGGAGUGUCGGCAAGCCUGUGACUGCCUGAAUGGUGCCCACUGUGACCCUGUGACAGGACAGUGCCAGUGUCCUCCGGGCUGGACUGGUGCCCGCUGUGCCCAGGCCUGCCCAGAGAACAGCUACGGCCAGAACUGCAGCCACACCUGCCGGUGCUUCAACAACGCCACCUGCAGCCACAUCAGCGGCCGCUGCCUGUGCACCGAGGGGUGGACGGGACCCUCGUGCCAGCAAGCCUGCCCAGUGGGGUUUUAUGGCAAGGACUGCCAGCAGCGCUGUCUCUGCCACAACGGUGGCACCUGUGACCCGGCCACGGGGAGCUGCACUUGUCCUGCAGGCUGGACGGGGCUGGCCUGUGAGCUGGCCUGUGCCCAGGGCCAGCACGGCCUGGAGUGCCAGCAGAGCUGUGAGUGCCAGCACGGGGGGCUCUGUGACCGCCGCACCGGGCACUGCCUGUGCCAGCCCGGCUGGACCGGUGACAAGUGUGACACAGCUUGUCCAGAGGGGCUGUUUGGGGCACGCUGUGAGCAGCUCUGUGACUGUGGGGACAACGUCUCGUGCCACCACGUCACCGGUGCCUGUGACUGCCCCCGGGGCUGGAGGGGCCGGCGCUGUGAGAAAGCCUGCCUGCCAGGUUUCUUUGGGAAGGACUGUGCCAGCCGCUGUGGCUGUCCCCUGGGAGUGCCCUGUCACCACGUCACCGGCCAGUGCGGCUGCCCGCCAGGACUGACCGGCUCUGGAUGUGAAAAACCCUGCCUGCCUGGGACCUUUGGGGAGGGCUGUGCUCAGAUCUGCCAGUGCUCCGGAGCCACCCAGGAAUGUCACCCUGUCACCGGGGCCUGUGUCUGUCCCCCUGGCUUCCACGGUCCUGCCUGCCAGCUGGAGUGCUCGCCGGGCUGGUACGGCCGGGACUGCGCGCGGCGGUGCCGGUGCAGGAACGGGGGACGCUGUGACGGUGCCACGGGGAUGUGCCACUGCCCCGCGGGAUUCAUCGGGGCUGACUGCGCCAUCGGAUGCCCCGCUGGCCGCUACGGCCAGGACUGUGCAGGGCUGUGUCCCUGUGGGGCCGGUGUCCCCUGUCACCCUGUCACUGGAGAGUGCGUGUGCCCUCCGGGCAGAGCUGGCCCCACGUGUGAGCAAGGUUGUGAGAAGAACCACUACGGGCCGGGCUGCCAGCAGCGCUGCUCCUGCCACAACGGGGGGCUCUGCCACCCCGCCGAUGGCUCCUGCUCCUGUGCCCCAGGGUGGACGGGAAAAUCCUGUGAAUCAGAAUGCCCUCCAGGAAGCUUUGGUGCCUCCUGCCAGCUGCGCUGCCCCUGCCUGCACAAUGGCACCUGCCACCCGGCCACAGGCACCUGCCGCUGUCCCCACGGCCACUACGGGCCCCUCUGCGAGCACAGCUGUCCCCCGGGGUUCCACGGAGAGGGCUGCCAGCAGCGCUGUGACUGCGAGCACGGCGCAGGAUGUGACCCCGUCACCGGGCGCUGCCGCUGUCCCCCGGGGCUGCAGGGCGAGCGCUGUCACACAGGCUGCAAGGAAGGGACGUAUGGAGAGGGGUGCCAGCAUCUCUGUGACUGCCCCAGCGAUGUCCCCUGUGACCCGGUGAGCGGGCGCUGCCUGUGCCCCCCGGGCAGAACCGGCCCCACCUGUGCUGCAGAGUGCCAGCCCACCCAGUUUGGCCCCGAGUGCAGCCUGGCAUGCCAGUGUGCCCCCAGCAGCUCCUACUGCAACGCCAGGAACGGGCAGUGCCAGUGCCUGCACGGCCACACGGGACCCACCUGCCGCGAAGCCAUGCAGUCCCUGCCACCCACCAGGCCACCACCACCAGCCCUGGAGGGGCUCCAGCCAGCAGAGGAGUAGGUCCUGCUGUGGCAGCACUGCCUUGUGCAGAGUGCAAGCAGCCACCUGAAGAAGCCAAUGACCUGUAAUGAACUCAUUUUUGAGCCACACGAGCAGCCCUCAUCUCCUGGCAGCCCCAGCUGCUGCUUUUGGGGUGUCUGAGCGAGGCUGAAGCUCCCAGUAUAACCAGUUCACUGUGCCAGCGCGGGCUGGCCCUGAGGACAUGUGUGCCCUGCCCAUGGCCAGAGACCAGGUGACCAGGGCAGGAGGGAUCAAUUCUGCUCAGGGGACAGUGGACUUUGACAGCGUGUGACACAUUGCUGGCCUGCCUUCAACUUCUGGGUGCUGGGCUUGGGGAGGGGGCUGAAAUCGUGGUCCAAAUCAGGUAUUUAUGCAUCAAUAUUUAUGGGAAGCUGCACCACAGUGUUGUCAGGACUGAUGGUCAGCUCUCCUGAGACUGGGCCUCCUGUGGAUGCACCACCUCACUUGAAUUAAUUUUUUUAAUUUGAUUUUUCCAUGGUGUUUUACUGUAAGUGACCAUUUGCCAGGGGAAAACACACAGGGCUCCAGAGCUGGUGCCUGCUGACAGAACAGGCUGAGCUGGACAAGCUUAUUGGGGCCUGGAGCCUGUUCUUCAUGCCAGGAGUUUGCCAGCCCAUGAUGCUGCCCGUGUCACUUACUCCAAGAAGAAGGAAGCCUAAAUGGAGUGUGGAAGUCAGAGAUUCUGCAUGGAAUGGAGACAAAGAGCUGGCUCAUUUGGUCAAGGCAAAUCCCAGCCCUGAAUCCUGAGUUAUUUUGCCAUGCCAGUCAUAGUCAGGAGCUGGGCAUGUGCAGCAGUGGGGAAUGUCACCAUUCCAGUGUCACCACAUCACCCUGGCCAGGGCCCAGGGCCCCCUUUGUCUGUUAGCACAAAGCUCCUGGGCAGGUGAAGCCACAGCCAGAGGAACCCCAGCUCUGCAGAGAAGAGGGACAGUCCCAUCCCAUCCCAUCCCAUCCCAUCCCAUCCCAUCCCAUCCCAUCCCAUCCCAUCCCAUCCCAUCCCAUCCCAUCAAUCCCAUCCCAUCCCCACAGGCUGCAGCACAGCCCUGCCCAGGCACUUGGCCUUUAAAUUAUUCCCACAGGGGCCAACAUGAAAAUAAUAAAAGAAUUCUUUCUUUUCCUGAUGGAAGCUAUUUUAAUCUGUAUAGAACUUCUCAUUUUGGGCUAAUUCCUUUCUGAUUUUAUUUCUUCCUUAACAGUAUUUGUUUUUUACAUUAGCUAUCAUUCUUGUGAAGAAACCAUGUUAAUAUGAGUAUGUAGUGAAGGACCAAAAUGGUGCUGCUGAGGUUGGGUGUGGGAUGAGCAGGGAGCAGGAAGAUUUUGUCCAUGUGCCAAAUGAGCCCAUCAGUGCUGCCAGUGGUGCUGCUCAUCUCCAGACAAUCAUCCCUCAGCUCCCCUUUGCCUUGGAGCUCCUGGGCCAUCACAGGAAGGUUCCAGUGACUGGGAGGAGGAGGAGGCCAGUGGAGAUGCUGGCCCUGCUCCAGAAGAACGUGGGAACAGCCUUAACCAUGGGGAUGGAUCCAUCCUGUCCCUUUCCAGCUGCAGCUCCAGGACUCCUGGCAGCUGCUCAGAGCAAACCCUGUACCUGUAUUUUUAUAUAAUGUUCUUUUCCUGUUCAUAUUUUCUUAAUCCAUUUUGUUUGCUUCCUCUUUUCUUGUACUGUCUCCAUUUUUGGAUCUUCUUUAAUUUAGCACUGAUGAAAAAAAUGUUACUUUCUCCACAGUUAAAAGAAAUAAACAGAAAGCCUGGCUGA